GUCGUGAACACUGGUGACGGCUUGCAGUAUCACCCAGUGGUGGCUAGCGGGCAAGCUCCACAUCCCAGCAUGCCAUUGAGGGAUUCUUUGGUGCUUUCGGGUUGCAGUCGUGCAGGUUUGUGUUCAAGUGCAUUUUGGUACCUCAUCUACCGCCAGCUGCUCUUCCCCUGCGACUCCAACGGGCCGCGAUUCCUAUAUGGAGUUGUUCUUCCGUUCGCAAACAAAAAGCCCUUGAGAGUCAACAACAGCUCCAAGUCUGAAAAAUGGACAAGGCCGUUGCCGAUUCCAGCAGGAGGUGAUAAGUCCUUCGCGCUUUGCGUCGAGCGGGCUCUGCUGCUUUGUUUUGCCGCCGCCGGCCUCUCGAAGGACGAGGCGUCAUGGUGGGCCAUGGUGAGAUCGCGUGUCGGUCUGCUGGAGACUAUCGAAGAGGCGUUGCCAACUGAAGCGUCCAAAACCACACCUGGAGAACUAGCUCUCGUCCAUGUGGCUGCGUCGGCUCUCUGCCGCGCCGCAGCCGAACAUGCUCAACACUUCAAAAGCAGCAGGUAUCCGGAGCCUGGUGCAUACGAGGAGGUGCGGCGGCUUGCUGACAGGGUUUUGCAGAAAGUCGCCCUUCUGGAAGAGUCUGGGGGAGAGCUGCAGUCUGCGCAACCACCCCCCGCAGCUUUGCCACUUCUACAAGAAUCAGCCACCCGCUUUGAGCACUUUGAGCGCCUGGUGAAGGAGGACGUAGAGAAGCUGAAGGGGGAAGUGGAGAUCAUUGAGGCUUUGUUGCUCCUUCAGGCCGGUUUCGAUCCGAACGCCGCUGGAAGCGGCAUCAUGCUGCCGCCUGACAGUCUUGGCCUCAAGGCUCAGUUGCUCACUUUGCUCAUCAACCAGCAGGACCAGAUAGCCCAUGCUCCUGCGUCCUGCUUCGCGGUCGUUGCCCACCUGCUGACGCGACUGCUUCCAAUGCCGUUGCCUAUAGAUCACCCUCGCAAGGCCGAACUGUGUUUCUGGAGCCAAGAUAUGGUCUAUGAGACCAAGGUCCCUGCCUCAACAAGACUGCAACGUGGCUCGCUAUGA